CCCGGAUUUUAGAUCCAAUCUACCCCCAUGUAGCUAGUUGCCGGUGGCGAGCGGCUCUAGAUGCUUGUUUUCUUCAACUUCCACACGCAUCGUCAUCUGCCGUGGCUCGAGUUAUCCCGGUACUAGACAUGCAGACCCGUUCAUCUAAUGUCCGCGGACCCGGUGGCCAGAAUAUAUUAAGCUUCAUCAAGCUUCCACAUCCUUCCCGCAUUGCCGCAGCAUUUCAAGCAAUCAAUCAUGGGUUUUCUAUUUCUGGGUCGCAAUGCUGCGCUGCAGGCGGGCUUCGUUGUGCUGCUUGCUGUGGCGAGGACGUGUUCAGCGUUGCGCAAGGGGCAGCGGUAUGCGUGCCAGGCUCCUUCACUGAAUCCUCUGAGCGGCUGCCCGAAGCAUACUCUCCUCAUUGAUGCUUCGUCUGCCAAUUCUUCAACGGAGAAGAAUGUCUUCUCCACCAUCCAAUCCGCCGUGCUCUCCCUCCCCCACGACAACUCCACCCAGUACAUCCUCGUCCUUCCCGGCCAAUACACGGAACAAGUCAAUGUCACGCGUCCCGGGCCUCUCUAUCUCCUAGGUCAGACUGCGUCCCCCGACUCCGUAGGGUCCAAUGGCGUGGAGGUGCUAUGGCACCAAGCAACCGGCACCGCUACCACGGGCACCCUCGACAACGCAUACACAUCCACACUCACCAUCGCGCCGACUCUAAACUCCUCGCUCACAGGCGCCGGACCCACAGGCAACACCGUCCCCGCCGACACCCCCUUCGGCAACACCGACUUCCGCGCCUACAACCUCAAUUUCACAAACGACUACCUCCCCUACUCCGCCGGACCCAGUCUCGCCCUCAGCACCUCAUACGCAAACACCGGCUUCUAUCACUGCAGCUUCAAGAGCUACCAGGACACCGUCUACGUCGGCAAGCUAGCCAACAGCUACAUGCGGCACUGCGAGAUCGCCGGCCAAACCGACUUCCUCUACGGCUUCGGCACCCUCUGGAUCGAGGCCUCCACGCUGCUCCUGCGCAGCUGCGGCGGCGGCAUCACCGCCUGGAAGGGCACAAACACCACCUACGCCAACAAAUUCGGCGCGUACAUCCGCCGCUCCGCCGUUCGCAAAGCCAACGCCUCCCUAUCCUCCAUCGCCGGGAAGUGCGCCCUGGGUCGGCCCUGGAAUAGCCAGCACCGGUCGAUCUUCGCGCAGUGUGACUUGGAUGAUAGUAUUCGGCCGAGUGGGUAUGUGGACUGGAGCGCGACGGAUCCCAGGGUGAGUAAUUAUACGUUUAUGGCGGAGUAUGCGGAUUUUGGGCCUGGGUGGAAUUUGACGGGAAGGCUGGAGGGGAAUGUUACGAGGGUGUUGGGGGAGAGCGAGUGGGAGAUGUUUGAUGGGCCUGGGAAGGUGUUUCAGUAUUUUAGGAGUGGGAGGGCGGGGAAUACGGGGUGGGUGGAUUGGAGUGCGUAGGCUUGGAUAGGGGUUGAAGAGGUAGGAGAAUGAAUCUAAU